AUUGCAGGAUCUGAUUGGAGCAGCCGGCGAGCAACUGGGAUAAAUAGCGCUGCCGCCGGACGGACCCCAGAGCCCGGCAAGGAGCAGACUGCAGAUCCCGAUACAGGCAAGAGCGCCCCCUGCUGAUUCCCAAUGAGGCUGUCCGUGCUUCUCCUGCUGCUGCUGUCGCUGGCGGUGGCUCAGGCGCAGUUGCAAUGGUUAAAAAACAAAGGCAGACAAGUCAAGAACAACGUUAGAGACGCUGCCAGAUUUUCAAAGCAGGCCGCUAAAGGAUCCUUGGACAUGGCUCGAGCCUAUAAAGAUAUGAGAGAUGCCAACUGGAAGAAUGCCGACAAGUAUUUCCAUGCCCGGGGGAAUUACGAUGCUGCAAAGAGAGGAAAGGGUGGCGCCUGGGCGGCCAGGGUUAUAAGUAAUGCAAGAGAACGCGUCCAGACCAUCGGAGGCAGAGGACUUGCAGACAGCGCUGCAGAUCAGAGGGCGAACAAGUGGGGGCGAAGCGGCCGUGACCCCAAUCACUUCAGACCUAAAGGGCUCCCUAAGAAAUACUAGAGCCGUGCCCUAUCCCAACACAUCAGCGUGAACCAUGACCGGCAGCAGCUAUAGGGUCUUGCUGGAUGUGAUCAGCGUUACCCCGUAGGGUCAUUCUCUGUACAUGCACAUUCAUGGAAGCAAUAAAGCUCUUCUGCUACUUUUA